AUGAAGUCUUCGGCCACGUGUUAUACGCGCAGACUUCGUGGCGCGACGUUCGACGAAGACGAGCCAAGCGUCGUUGCAUCCUCUUUUUCGGAGGCUAAUUCUACCACCUGCCACUGCCACUGUCCGUCAUCGAGUUGUGGCGUAUUCGAGAAAGACGAUGGCAUAUCGUUCCUGCCGUCACCGGCGUCGACGACAGCGUGCGAUCUUUGCGAGCGUCUUCGCGGGCAAACGGGCUACGAGUCGAUGAACGCGAUGUGGACAGGGGAUAGCCACAUGGCUGAUCGAUCGAGACGAAAACGCGACAAAAAUGAUUUAUUGACAAAUAAUUCGAAAACGACUAUUGAAAAGCGCGACAGAACUUUGAGGUGCGAUAGAACUCCGCUCCGCGAAUCGUCCGCGAAAUGUGCUUCGAGCGUAGUGCGAUGGAUUUUCUCGGUUAGAUUCUACAGAGAUUUCAAAUCGACCGAAUGGCGGAGGCUCCUCUGGAUUGUUCUCCUGAUACUCACGGUACCCGACCUCGCAGCAGCGCACGAUACCGGUCCUGACAACGGAGUGUGCCAAAGUAUAGACAUAAGAAAUAGCGUGAGUGAAUUCUCAAAACUAGAAGGAUGCCGGGUGGUCGAAGGUUUUGUACAAAUUCUCUUGAUCGAUCGAGCGGAGCAAUCGGCCUACGCCAAUCUCAGCUUCCCCGACCUGGUCGAGAUCACUGGAUACCUUAUUUUAUACAGGGUAAGCGGACUGAGGACUGUCGGUCGUCUGUUUCCGAAUCUAACGGUCAUUCGCGGUCAUUCUCUCUUUAUCAAUUAUGCCCUCGUAGCAUUCGAGAUGAUGCAUCUUCAAGAAAUCGGUCUUCAUUCUUUGACCAGCAUUUUACGCGGAUCUGUCCGAUUCGAAAAGAAUCCGACGUUAUGCUAUGUCGAUACCAUCGACUGGGAUAUCAUUGCCAAAGCUGGCAAGGGAGGGCACUUUAUAAAGGAUAACAAACCAACAAAUGGUUGUCCGAUGUGCGACAAAAAAUGCCCAACAAGACAGACGAAACCCGAUCAGACUCUGUGCUGGAAUCGACAACACUGCCAACAAAUAUGCGACUGGAAGUGCGAGAAUAGAGCUUGCAACAAUACGGGAGAAUGCUGUCAUCCGUUUUGUUUAGGUGGAUGCACAGGACCGACGGCCAAUGAUUGUAUCGUUUGCAAAAAUGUGAUAAUAAACGAAGAGUGUAAAGAUCGUUGCCCAAAACGCAAGUACGAAUUUAUGAAUCGACGUUGCAUCGAAGAGCAAGAAUGCCUUCAGAUGCAGAAACCGCGCGAGGCGCCGGAUGCUAUGAAGUCACGCCCGUAUAAGCCGUUCAAUGGUACCUGCGUAAUCGAGUGCCCUCCGGGUUACAUGGAGAAAGAUGAAGAGCAUGGUAAGCCCCCAACCUGCCAGAAGUGCGAAGGUCAGUCGUGCUUAAAGGAAUGUGCUGGUGCAAACGUGGACAGCAUCGCUUCGGCACAAAAAUUACGCGGAUGUACACAUAUCGCAGGUAGCCUCGAGAUACAGAUACGCGGUGGCAAAAACAUCGUAAAGGAACUUGAGGAUAGCCUAAGCACGAUUGAGGAGAUAGAUGGCUAUUUGAAGAUCGUCCGCAGCUUCCCGCUGAUAUCUCUCAAUUUUUUGAAGAAUCUGCGCGUAAUACGCGGUACAACACUCGAGAACGGCAAGUAUAGUCUUGCCGUGCUCGAUAAUCAGAAUCUUCAGGAACUUUGGGACUGGAACACGCACCCGAAUAUUACAAUCUUGUCCAGUGGGGGCCCCGCUAAGCUCUUCUUUCAUUUCAAUCCGAAAUUGUGUCUGCAUGAAAUCGAAAAACUACGGGAGAAGGCCAAAUUGGAAGAGUUCACCGAUCACGAUGUGGCAUCCAGCAGCAAUGGAGAUAAAGUCGCAUGUAACGUUACCGAGCUAAAGACUAAGGUCACCAAGAAGUCAUCUAGAGGAGCUAUUAUCGAGUGGAAGGCCUUUACGCAUCACGAUACCAGGUCCCUCUUGGGUUACGUUGUUUACUUUAUCGAAGCGCCUAAUCAGAAUAUAACUAUGUACGAUGGCCGUGAUGCUUGCGGCGGUGAUGGCUGGCGGGUGGAGGACGUUUCCGCUGAGAGCACAACGCCGCAGCCCCACAACGGCACGGAAUCACAAGAGCCUGUCUAUCACACUCACAUACUGACCCUGCUGAAGCCGUAUACUCAGUAUGCUUACUACGUUAAGACUUACACCAUAGCCACGGAAAGGUCAGGCGCGCAGAGUAAAGUCAAGUACUUUACGACGCUACCGGAUGCGCCUAGCUCUCCCAGAGCCUUAUCGACUUGGAGUAAUUCUAGCAACGAGCUGGUUAUAUCCUGGUUUCCACCACUUCAAAAAAAUGGAAAUCUAACGCAUUAUCGUAUUGUUGGUCGUUGGGAGCCCGAUGAUCCGAAUUUCAUCGAUCAGAGGAAUUAUUGUGACGAACCUAUGCCGUUACCUGAGGCAAAACCACCAGAGGAAGUCAUAGCGGAGGAAGAAAAGAAGCAUAAUGAGUUAGAGAAGGAGUUCGCAAAAACUGAUUCGUGCGUCUGUUCCGAUCGUGAAACGACGGAUCAGUCGAUGCGUGAGAAAGAAGUUUCCAGUUCGAUUGCCUUCGAGAAUGCGUUACACAAUCAGGUUUAUGUUAAACGACUGUCGCAGCAGCGUAGAAGACGCCACACUAGUGAAAUGUUAAUCGCAGCGGAUCUAGCCAGAGAGUCUACGUUCGGCGAUCAGGAUAAAGAAAGUACUAAUGAUAAAGUGGAGAAUGGUACAUUCACGGUAUUCGAGCGAUUAAUACCCAGCACCAAUUUUACUUUCGUUAUGAGAAAUCUUCGGCACUUUGCUGCGUACAAUAUUGAAGUUCAAGCUUGCCGAGAACGUGUUGGGAAUGAUACGAAGAGUAAGAAUUGUUCAACGAAGAGCAUGAAAACGUACCGUACGUUAUCUAUGGAGAGCGCAGAUAAUAUUCCAUCGAACACCUUUGAAUUAAAGACUUCUGGCGAGAAUAACAGUUUCACUAUAGUUACAUUGUCUUGGGACGAACCACCUCAACCUAAUGGCCUAAUAGUCACGUAUCAGAUUGAAUAUAAAAGAAUUGACAUAAAAAAUAUACAAGCAACAGUGGUAUGUAUUACAAGACGCGAUUUUACCAACAUGGGCAACUCGUACGUCUUGAAGGAACUUUCUCCUGGAAAUUAUUCUGUAAAAGUACGAGCUACGAGUUUAGCUGGAAAUGGCGCGUAUACCGAAGUGAAAUAUUUUUAUAUACCGGAAUAUGGUACAUUUGGUACAUUCUGGAUUUUCUUCUGGUCGAUAUUGGGUGUUGUCAUAAUGUUUAGUUCUUUAAUAAUAUUCUACGUAUUUAAAAAGAGAUCAAUGCGAAAUGUGCCUAGUAUGCGACUUAUUGCGACAGUGAAUCCAGAAUAUGUAAGCACAAGUUACGUACCAGACGAAUGGGAAGUGCCCAGAAAGAAAAUUCAAUUAUUACGAGAAUUAGGGAAUGGUUCUUUUGGCAUGGUAUACGAAGGAUUGGCCAGGGAUGUCGUGAAAGGUAAACCGGAAGUACGGUGUGCCGUGAAAACUGUAAAUGAAAACGCAACCGACCGUGAACGGAUAGAAUUCCUUAACGAAGCGUCCGUCAUGAAGGCUUUUAAUACUCAUCACGUUGUCAGAUUGUUGGGCGUAGUGUCGCAAGGUCAACCUACAUUGGUAGUUAUGGAAUUGAUGGUAAACGGUGAUUUAAAAACAUAUUUGAGAAGUCAUCGACCGGAUGUAUGCGAGAACUCUAAACAACCUCCGACGUUGAGAGAUAUCUUGCAAAUGGCAGUCGAAAUUGCAGACGGCAUGUCUUAUCUCGCCGCAAAGAAAUUCGUCCACAGAGAUUUAGCUGCUCGUAACUGUAUGGUAGCCGAAGAUCUUACUGUAAAAAUUGGUGAUUUCGGCAUGACGAGAGAUAUAUAUGAAACCGAUUACUAUCGAAAGGGGUCCAAAGGACUGUUACCAGUCAGAUGGAUGGCACCAGAAAGUUUGAAAGAUGGUGUAUUCACUAGUUUUUCUGACGUUUGGAGCUACGGAGUUGUUCUCUGGGAAAUGGUAACAUUAGCUUCGCAGCCAUAUCAAGGCUUGUCGAAUGAUCAGGUAUUGCGUUAUGUGAUUGAGGGGGGAGUUAUGGAACGACCGGAAAAUUGUCCUGACUCACUGUAUAAUUUAAUGAGGCGUACCUGGAAUCAUAGAGCCACGAGAAGACCUACCUUUAUAGACAUCGAGACGCAGUUGUUGCAAGAAGUUAGUAUAAAAGACUUUGAGAAUGUUAGUUUUUAUCAUAGUCCGGAAGGAAUCGAAGCUCGAAAUCAAAAUAAUUCGCAUUCACCACAAACUGACCAAGAUCUAGAAAUGGUUGCUCUACAAGAUUUACGGGAGGAAGAAAUGGAGGGAGAAGAAGAUUCGCCACUGCGUCAAGACUUUGGUGACUUUGCAAGUUUUGAACCUCGCAGUAUUAAAAAUACCUUAAGUCCACGAUACGCAGAUUCGUAUGGCGAAACCUCAAAAGCUACUUCCAAUUUCCAUGACAUGAAUUCGAUAAAAGUACCCAAAGCUGGAUUCGAUGAAUUUGGCGGUAUCUCCGGAGAUUCGCUCGUAUCUAGUAAGGACACGUUAAACUCGCCUUUUGUAGAAGGCAGCCUUAAAUCAGUCAGGAGCUCGCCUUUUAUAUAUAAGAAAAGUACUUCCCGCAGUAACGUAAGUCAAGGUUCUCUAGGGAAGCCUGGAAGUCCACAAAGUUUAGUUAAACGAAAUUUUCUCGAUAGCCCAAAUCCGUCUAAGCUUCGGGAUGAUCCCGAUUACGAAAACAGGAGUCCUGAAAUCAUGUCAGGCAUUGAAAAAAAGGAGAUUACUUCUUUACACGUAGAAUUUCCUUCAGUGGACGUUAUGGAUAUUCAGAUUAAUGGUGACAAAACGGAAAACAACAAGCGCACGGGAGACUACAUGAACAAAUCAGAAAUGUUGAAUAACGGUUACAUCAGUAAUACGACCACGUAGCUUCGCUGUACGAAACUUUAUCACUUGGAGUGAAUCGGAUAUGAAUAUUCCAACAAAAAGGCAGUGUCUGUGCCAAAUUUCUCAGCGUACUGAAUUAUCAUUUUGAAAGGAUUACAUUGAACAAUGUUUUCUGUAUAUGAAAGGGAUGUUAGUGUGUUCUAGCUCUAACAAACAAGUUAUACUCGUAAGUCUAUAUUUUAAACGUCUAGACGUAACUAAGAGUACAGGUCCUAACAAACAAGUGGAGUUUCCUUAUACGGGUGUUACCAUGUCUUAAUUCCGUCUCUCUAAAUGUAAUUUAUCGCUACGCGUGUACAGCUAAUUAUAUAUUUGUUGCGCUGCGAUGCAUGUUGGAAAAGAGCAGCGAAUAUAUUUAUAUCAGAUACUGUCUUUUUGAAAUUGUCGCUAUAGUAUAUGUUAAUACGGAGAGUUACUUUAUACUAAAGACGCCGUUUAUCGUGGAGUUAUUACAGACAGUUGCGAUUUAAGUCAAAUGUCUCUCCUUAAGAUUGGGCCGCGUACACUAUGUACAUGCGACUGUCCAUUGGCAAUGCACAUUAUCUGACAAGCAUAUAGUAACUUCUCUCUCCAUUAACCAUCUAGCGUGUAAGCGUGUAUCAAAGAAUUAAGCAAGUUUAUUAUUUAUAUCAUAGACUUUCUGUUUCAUUUUCAGUCGCAAGAUGCGUUUUUUGCGCGAUUUCUGCUGUAACUAUAUAUUUGUAUAGCAUUGAUUUAUUUUUUUUCCGAGUUUAUAGUAAAUAUGGUAAACCAAAGUGGCAAUUAGGUCGACUACCGCGUUGGUACGACAUUUUGUUCACAGCAAAAAGACCAUAUUUUAUAAAUUUUGUGAAUUACACCUAGUCGCCACUUUGCAUGAUUUUAAGCUUUGAACUCGUAUAGUGAUAUAGAUAUGUUGGAAAGUAUAUGUGUAGAGGGUGAUUCAGAAUAAGUGUAUGGACUUAGCAAAUAUAUCGCGUUCCUCUAAUUUAUAAAUUUCUAUUAUAUUUAUGUUUUCUACAUUGUUUUAAUAUUUUUGACUUUAUUGUAUCAGUUCAUCUAACAGUUCUGAAUUCACCAAUUGUUCGAUACAUAGUAGGGGAAUUAGAAAGUAAGGACCCUUUUUCAAAUUGAAAGGCUUCAGU